UCAGAUGGUAUAUUUUGUCGAUAAGUCUGCUGUCACACUAAAGUAAAAACUAUGCGUAUGCGGGACGGACUCUUUUUUUUAAUUUAUUUUUUCGUAAUCGACACGCCAAAAUAGUGCAUAAAUCGCUGGGAAUGCCGUGCAAGUGUCGUCGAGUGUGUGAAAGUGGAGUUUCCGAAUCAGCCGAUUGAGAUCGUGUCCCCGCCUUUGCCCCGCCCGGCCCCGACUGACCCAGAGCCCGAUAUCCGCGUACCGUGCCACCGCCAAUCAAAAAGAAUUCUUUUUGCAGGCAACGACGCUGCUCAACUUCUCCAAGAACUUUUCGCUGAAAGAGUGCAAAUUGAGAGCAGAAUAUUCCCCCCGCGUCCGCGUCCGCGUCCGCGUCCGCGAGUGUAUGUGUGUGUGUGCUGGUGUGCUGGUGUGUUGGUGUGUGCACCCCUCUUCUCGCCAGCGCCAACGUCGAUCCCAUUUCACGCGUCGCCGCUCCGUCUCGCCGUCUCGCACUCUUCACGCGUGUGUGUGUUGUUUGUGUGUGUGCGUGUGUCGCCAUCUCCCUCUGAUGCACCACUAGCCCGAACGGCAGCAGCAGUAGCAGCCAAGGGGCCGAGGCAGAAACCAAGCCAACUGUAUCCGUCAUCAAACAACAGCAGCAACAACAGCAACACACAGAAAACGCAUUUCAUUGCCAACUACUGACGAAACGGUCAACGACAUUGCAACAUAGAAGCUACAACAACAACAACAGCAGCAGCAGCAGCAGCAGCUACUACAAAAAAAAAAAAAAUAAACCGCUAUAAAGAGAGAGACUGCAGCGAGCCGCCACAUAGGAAAACGCAAAGAAAAAUGCCCAAAUGCGAUGUGAAAACGCGUUACAUUCCUGCGACUUUCGCCUGGAUUGUGCUGCUCCUGACCACAUUUCUGUUCUUCUUCUAUCCCUGCCAGUACUACGUGAAGAGCCAUCCAUGGGUGCUGGCCUACCAGGGCGUGAUCACAUUCUUCGUGCUGGCCAACUUCACGCUGGCGACGUUCAUGGACCCGGGCAUUAUACCCAAAGCCUCACCCGACGAAGACUGCGAGGAGGAGCUGCGCGCCCCGCUCUACAAGAAUGCUGAGAUCAACGGCAUCACCGUCAAGAUGAAAUGGUGCGUCACCUGCAAGUUCUACCGCCCGCCCCGCUGCUCCCACUGUUCCGUAUGCAAUCACUGCAUAGAGACCUUCGACCAUCAUUGCCCGUGGGUCAACAACUGCAUCGGCCGGAGGAACUAUAGGUUCUUUUUCUUCUUCCUCGUCUCCCUCUCCAUACACAUGCUGAGCAUAUUCUCGCUGUGCCUGGUCUAUGUGCUCAAGAUAAUGCCCCACAUCAAGGACACGGCGCCAAUUGUAGCCAUGAUACUGAUGGGCCUUGUUACCAUACUGGCCAUACCCAUAUUCGGCCUGACCGGCUUCCACAUGGUGCUGGUGUCACGGGGUCGCACCACCAACGAGCAGGUCACGGGCAAGUUCAAGGGCGGCUACAAUCCGUUCUCGCGCGGCUGCUGGCACAACUGCUGCUACACACAGUUCGGACCGCAGUAUCCAAGCUUACUCAACCCAAAGAAGUACGAAUCGAGGCGAUCGCAGACCCAGAACCAGGCCAUUAGCACGAUAUGCAACGAUCGGACCAACCAACAGAACAAUUCCAGCGGUGCCGGUGGCAACGGGACUGCUGCUGCUGUCGGCAGUGGCGGCGGUGCCGGGGGCGGUAUUCGUGGUACGGCGGUGCAGUAUUCGCCCCGCUCCUACUACGAGUCGAGUCGGGAGAAGCGUGGAAUUCAGCUAUCGCCGGGACGAGAGUGCUCCGACACGGACCUGGAGCCGCCACCCGCCUCACAGAGCCAAGACUGCGAGCCGACGCCGCCGCUGCAGCGACACAACUCGAGCAACUUCUACCUGCCGCAGGUGAGCGACGGCGGCGGGGGCGGCGGCGGUGGCCUCAACGGCAGCAUCGCCACGGGCAUGCCCAACUCCCAGAGCACGGCCGGAGGCGGCGGCGGAGGAGGCGACUCGCCCCGCCACAUGCGUCUCUACCAUCCGCGCCACAGUCCGCAUGCGCGGCCCAGGGGUCUGGAUCCGCAGCGCGGCUAUACGAGCGACGCCCUAUCGCCGGAUCAUCCCGGCGGCGUUGGCUACGGCGUCAGUGUCCAGCAGCAACAGGCUAUAGCGGCGGCGGCCGCUGCGGCUGCGGUGGCGGCGGCAGCAGCACAAAAUCAACGCAGUGGGACGACCACCGCCACACCCACCAUGCAGCAACGAAUUAAGCCGCUGGGCGUGGCAACGCCCCUGGUGAUGGCGAGUCCAGUGCGAAGAUCCAACCCGGGCACGCCCACGCAGCCGCGACGGCCCGACUUCAUUGGCCUGAAUGCCCAGGCCGCGGCAGUGGCGGCCCAACAGCAGCAGCAGCAGCAACAGGCAGCAGCGGCGGCUGCAGCGGCAGCCUACUACGAGUACACCAGUGGCCUGCCGCCCCAGCAUCCCCAGGCGCCGACCAUCCUGCAGCAGCAGCAACAGCUCCUGCUCCAGCAGCAACGCGUCCUCAUGCAGCAUCAACAGCAGCAGCAGCAGCAGCAAGCGUUGCAGCAGCAGCAGCAGCAGCAACAGCAGGCGGCUUCUCAUGCGGCACAUCCGCAGCACUCAGCAUUGGCCCAGGCCGCCUACGGGGGCAGUCCGCAGCGUCGCUUCCUCUCCGAGGGGGAGCUGGUGCGCCAGGGCCAGAGCGGCAACGAGCUGUCCUACGCCCGCUCCAACAACACGGUGGAUAACAUACGCGAGCUGGCCGGAAGCCCCCAGCGCGGUGUCUACAUGUGGAAGGACACCUCACCAGGUUUCAGUACCAACAGCACCGGCGGGCCCAUCGGACAGCAGCAGCAACAGCAGCAGGCCGCGGUCAGCGGGAUUGGCAGCAUUGCUGGCGCGCUGCCGAGCAGCGGCAGUUCGUCCGGGGUGGUGCCACACGCCCAGUACAUAACCGCUGGAGGAGGGACGCAUCCCCUAAUUAUGACGCACUCGCGCCUGCAGGACUACGCGGUCCAGCAGCAGCAGCAACAACAGCAGCAGCAGCAACAGCAGCAACACCAGCAGGCGGCUGUGGCGGCGGCGGCAGCAGCUGCCUCAUAUCAUCGCUCGAACCCCACGAGUCCCACGACCAUGCCGCAGGCCUCCACAACCCAGACGGGCUACGUGCUGCGCUACGGUGGAGCCGCCGGAGGGAGCAGCGGCAGCAUUGCCAGCGUGUCGGCCAGUGGACCCUCAAUCGGCGGCGCAGGCGGGGGCGGUGGGUACCAGCCAGCACUCCGCGGAGGCGUAGCCGUCUUCCCGCCCAAUCCGAUGGUCGGCGUCAAUGUGAGCAGUGCCGCGGGCACCCUGCAGACGCAGCCCUCGCCACAAAUCAAGCGCAAGCAGACCCCGACACGACCCAUGAGCUUUGUGCGCGCCCUCGAGAUGACCGACUCCAUGGAGAUGCAGUCCCUCGAGCACCAGCAGCAGCACAACAACGGCGGCCUGCCCAGCGGUGUGGCGGCGGCCGCCGGCGCGACUCAGCCGCAGAGCAAUGCGCAUCUCAUGCAGAAUGCCUCCAACUCGGGGACGCCCGAUCGGGCCAGCAUCUACGACAUGAACUACGAGAUCUCCGUAUAACCCGUGGUUGUGCCCGUUCUCCUAAUGCCACCCGCCUCCAAAAGCAGUAGCCACCCAGGCCCAGGCCUUGGUCCUGCCCCGGCAGCAGCCACAGUCCAAACAUCUAUAGCCAUAGCCACAGCCACAGCCGCAGCCACAGCCACAGCCACAGCUCCCAGCAACCAGCCGUUCUUCUGCCAACAUCAGAAGCAGCAGCAGCCGCAGAUUCAGCUUCAGCAUCAGCAUCAGCAAUUGCUGGAGCCGGCGGCCUAUGCCUCGGUCCCAGUGCUGCCUGUAAAGCAGCAGGGCAACGGCUUGGCCAGCUACCAGCCGCAGUCGCAGCAGCAACAGCAGCCACUUCACAGCCAGAACCACCAGAACCCUCAAAUGCCGAACAAACGCAAAUUUUCGACCUUCUUUUAAGUUGGUCAACGAGCCCAGUUUUUUUUUAUUUUUUGUUUUUUUUUUGUUUUUUUUUUUAAUCGUAUAAUUGUAUAUAUCUUGUUAUAUACUUACUUAUGUACAUAUAUAUACCAGACAUGUGUGUGUGUGUGUAUAUGGACCGCUUGCGUACUGCUGUUGUAGCUGUAACUUUUAUUAUUACUAUUAUUACGUAAUUGUAUGCUUUGUUUUUAUGAUUACUCAUUUUUACAAUGUUUCACCAUUUUAAUAUUUAUGAUUUUCAUCCUUAAGCAUUUAUAUGGUCAAUAUAAUAUGAAUUCAGCGAGAAACCUAACUCAAAAACGAAGAGAAAGCUAAAACAAAUGCUAAAAUUGAGAUACCUUGUGAAUGUGCGUGCGUUUCAUAGCUGUAGGAGUGAAUAGAAGGAGGAUCUUGAGCCUGAAGCAGAGCCUGACUUCUGUGAGCUGUCCUUGGUCUGCUCUGCCAUAUGGUUGUGUAGCGCACUGUAUAUACCCACCCACCCGUUCGAUGGUAUGCCGCUGUAAAAUCUACAUAAAUACAUGGAUAGUAUCGUACAGGCAAUCAACUUGAAAGUCGCCAAAAAGAAGAGCAGGAAAAACCAGUGCACGUAUAUUUAAGGCAGUGUCUUUAGUAAAUUUAGUCUAUGUGCUAUACAUAUAUAUAUAUGCCAUUUAAUGUAUAUAGGAGGAGUGGCGAGGAGAGGAGAGAGAGAGUCUAUGUGUAAUGUGCUAUGAUAGACAGAUAUUUGCUUUGCACCGAGAGAGAGCGUCUUCUAUAUGUCUAUACCAUAUCCGUGUAUCCGAAUGAGAAGCUGCUUCAAAGGGCGUCACAUGUAUAGGAAAGGAACUGAUUUAUUUGGCCCAGCAACAGCCCCCUCCAAGUCACCAUUCAAUACCUGACUAAACUUAGUACGAUAGCUACUGUUCGUUCGAUAGAGAUCCAUUCGACGACCAACUGAUUAGUCGAUUAGUCGAUUCGUUGAUUCAUUUUCAUUCAACUUCCAUUCAUACGUAACUUUAUUUAUUAAAUACUUGAUGUUCGAUUUUAGAAUUGCCUUCAACCUUUGUGUGUACUUUAUUAGUUGUGGUUUCUAUGUUUCUAAGUUUUAUUUACGGUUCGACAAGGCAACGCCCGACAAAACGCAAUCCGAUAGCUUUAUAGGUAUAUUUAUGGCUUAUGGCAAUCCACACAGAGUUGAAAAGCAAUCUUUGAGCUUCCCUACAGCCCUGAAACGCACUGUAUAUGUUAGUAUGGGGACAGCCAACGCGCAGUAGAAACUUCUCUGUUAUAAUUUUGUUUUUACAUUUAAGAAAACCCGAAUCCGGCACCGCAAUGGUCCGUGUAACAUUAAUGUCGUCCAAUUCAAAUAAGUUUUGAUUUUCGUGUACAUAUGUAUGUGUAUAUCCGUGUAGGUGUAUGUGUAUGGGGUAUAUGAGAGUCUAGUGUGUGGUGUAAUGCGUACCAGUAUGUGCUAUGUGCUGUGUGCUGUGUGCUGUGUAUAUGGGGUUUCUCUGGCGCAGCUUGCGGCACUGUCCUCGUACGAGGAGAUACGUAUGUACAUACAUGCUUCUUAUAUAUACAUAGAGUUAAACUUUGUUGUUAUGUUUUUAAGAUAACUUAGCUUUUAUACCGGUCUGUGUGUAGAUAAUUACAUCUGUACGUAUUGUAUGUCCCGUCUGUGUCUGAUCGAUCCGGAUCUACCCAGUAAUUUUUGUUCCGUUUAUGCUUUGCCUUCAUUUGUUGUCCAGAAAGAGAAGGG